CUCUCUAAUGGCAGCUCAGAGUCACUGCUGCCCCUCUUUAGCUUCAACUUUUUUUUUUACCACUUUACUUUCUCUUCUCCGCCGACACCGACCUCUCCCCGGUGUCACGGCCGCUCUGUGGCUCCUGUUCCCCGGUCGGACGGUUUGGAGCAGCCGUUGGAGGAGCCGUUGGGACUUUUGACGUCGAGUUUUGUUUUUUUUGUGUUUUUUUUCAAACGACCUCAGCAUGAAGACCAGGAUCAAGGUGCAGCGUGAUGUCAUCGGUGCUUCCACCAGAGGAGACGGUUUUUGUGAAUGAGUGCCGCCCCCCCCACCCCCCAGACGCCCACACAGACUCUAACACAGCGCAGAUAGUUGGUGGGGAUUCCUGGUUCCUGCUUUUCAAGGCAGAGUGAGCCCUCUCUGUCUCUCUCUCUCUCUCUCUCUCUCUGUAUCUCUCUCUCUCUCUCUCUGUCUCUGUCUCUCUCUUUCUGUCUCUCUCUCUCGCCCCAGUCCCCCCCCCCCCCCCCCACCCCCACCCCCCCGGAGGUUUUCGGGUUGCCAAGCGCCAUCGGGAUGACAUCAUACCCGUCCGACACAAUGGAGCUCUUCAUCCUCUGAGGGUCCUCGCCAGGCUGCGUCACUGCGCUGGACCGCCGGCCCGAGACGCCUGGGAGGAGGAGGAGGAGGAGGAGGAGGAGGGGGAGGAGGACUACCAGCAGGGAGGGAGGGGGGUGGGGGGUGGGAGGGACGGGAAGGGGGGAGCAGGAGGAGCAGGAGGAGGAGAAGAGUUUGACAUGUCUGAGCGUCCCCCGGGAUCAGGAUCGGGGUCGGGGAUGGCGCGGCCCAUCGGAGCCGAGGCUCUGGUGGCUCUGCUGGAGGGGGGGCUGGACCGGGUGCUGCUCAUCGACAGCCGGCCCUUCGUGGACUACAACUCCUCCCACAUCCUGGAGGCGGUGAACGUGAACUGCUCCAAGCUGAUGAAGAGGAGGCUGCAGCAGGACAAGGUGCAGAUCAACGAGCUGCUGCAGCACUCCGCCAAGAAGAAGCUGGAGCUGCAGGACCAGGAAGUGGUGGUUUAUGAUCAGAGCUCUUCAGACCCGGCGGCUCUCAGCUGUGAUUCGUUCCUCAGCGUCCUGCUGCUGAAACUGGAGAAGAGCUUCCCCUCCGUCCACCUGCUGUCAGGUGGUUUCGGGGAGUUCUCUCACCUGUUCCCGGGCCUGUGUGAGGGGAAGUCCACGCUGGUUCCUUCCUGCAUCUCUCAGCCCUGCCUGCCGGUGACCAACGUCGGGCCGACCCGCAUCCUGCCUCACCUGUACCUGGGCUGCCAGAGAGACGUCCUCAACAAGGAUCUGAUGCAGCAGAACGACAUCGUCUACGUCCUGAACGCCAGCAACACUUGCCCCAAACCCGACUUCAUCCCCGAGUCUCACUUCCUGCGAGUUCCCGUCAACGACAGCUUCUGUGAGAAGAUCCUGCCGUGGUUGGACCGAUCCGUGGAGUUCAUAGAGAAGGCCAAAGCUGUGAACGCUCGGGUUCUGGUUCACUGUCUGGCUGGAAUCUCUCGCUCGGCCACCAUCGCCAUCGCCUACAUCAUGAAGAGGAUGGACAUGUCUCUGGACGAGGCGUACAGGUUUGUGAAGGAGAAGCGUCCGACCAUCUCUCCCAACUUUAACUUCCUGGGUCAGCUGCUGGACUUCGAGAAGAAGAUAAAGAGUCCUCUCGGUACAGACUCCAAACUCAAAUCCCUCCAUCCUCAGGAGCUCGGCGGCGACACUCCGGCUCCGCUGGAGGACGAGCAGGAGCCGGCGGUCCUCCAGGAGGCCCCCGGGGGCCCGGGCCUGGCCCUGCUGGAGCCGCUCACGCUGCCCUGCGUGCUGGCCAACGCCCCCGAGGAGCGUCUGCUGGCUCAGGCUCUGAGCGGCCUGCACCUGGCCGACGGCGCCGAGGACAGCGCCCGCCUGAAGCGUUCCUUCUCUCUGGACAUCAAGUCGUACGGCGAGCCGGGCGGGAGUGCCGCCGCUCACCGGGUGUUUGCACCGCACGCCGGGCCGACGGACGGCGCCGAGUUCUUCAAACCGUCUGGAUACAAAGACACGAGCAGUAAACCCUGCCAGUUCUCGCCGGUGCAGGAAGUGUCGGAGCAGUCGACGCCGGAGCAGAGUCCCGACAAGGAGGAGGCGGACGCUCCGGAGCGAGCCGCGCCGCCGCCGAGCAGCAAACCGCCGCCCGCCGCCGCUGCCGCCGCCGCCGCCUGCUCACAGCUGCACCGCAGCGGCAGCAUGGAGGAGAACGCCACCAGCUUCCUGUUCGGUCUGUCCCGCAGCCAGCAGCACCUCGCCAGACCGGGCUCCGGCGGCGCCCUCAAAGGCUGGCACUCCGACAUCCUGCUGGGCCCCGUCACCGUCUCCACCUCCUCGCUGGCCGGCGGCUGGUACCUCUCCUCCGAGUCCACGCGCUUCUACUCCACGUCGGCCAUCCUGAGCGGCGGCGGCUUCGCGGCGUACAGCUGCAGCCACGGCCUGGAGGCGGUACGGCGGCGCAGCCGGCAGAGAGCCGGCGACCACGGAGACUCCCGCCGGAGCUGGCACGAAGAGAGCAGCUUCGAGAAGCAGCUGAAGCGCCGCAGCUGUCAGAUGGAGUUCGGAGACGGGAUGACGGACAGCCGGUCCAGAGAGGAGAUGGGGAAGGUCGGCAGCCAGUCCAGUUUCUCCGGCAGCAUGGAGAUCAUCGAGGUUUCCUGAGUACGAGCGGCGGGGCGUCGGAGCGGCGGGGCGUCCGAGCGUCUGAGCGGCGGGGCGUCGGAGCGUCGGGGCGUCGGGGCGUCCGAGUGUCUGAGCGGCGCCACAGAGACACGAGACUCACUGAGCUGCCGUCUGACACUCAGAACUGAAGCAGCUCAGCUCAGUUCGGCUGCAGCUGAAGAACAAACUGAACUUAAAGUUAAAGUUUUUAUUGAUGCUUCGACUCAUCAUCAUCUUCAUCAUCAUCAUCAUCAUCAUCAUCAUCAUCAUCAUCAUCAUCAGAUCACACCGGCGAUCGAUCUGCGUCUGAUGAUCAUUUUUAGUCUUUUUUAAACGAUUAUAUCUCAGCUUCUGUUUUCAGACUAAACGAACGUAUUGAUUGUAAAAAUGUAUUUUUCUUCUUAUGUGUUGUUUCUUUUUUUUUUAUUUUAUUUUUUUUUACACCUUUUUUAGAAUAAAUGAUUCAAUAAUUGAUCGAUCAUUCAGAUAACGGCUAAAUUGCACUGUGGACUCAGAAUGAAUCUAUUUAUCCAUCAAAUAAUAAUCAGCAGGUUCAUUAAUGAAUUAAAUAAUUAGUUAUAAAAAAACACAAAGAAAACGACUGUAGACACAAAACAAGUGAUUUUUUUUCCAUUUUUAUUUUUUUAAAUGUAGUUUUUUAUUUUUCUCUUUUAAAUCAAAGAUCAUCACUCGUCUGUUUCUGUGGAAUAAAGGCAGAAAAAUGUUGAAGGAAGUUUUCUGAACUCGACAGCAGAAGCUUUUCACUGACUGAAUGUUUGGUUUUUGUUUUUCGGAGCCGAGCGUCUCGUCGUCUCGCUGCGUUCGGACUCUUUGGACAGGUGUGAAAUCUCAGGUGUGUCUCAGAGCUGCAGUCCUGUGGAGGAUUCAAAGAGGCUGGGACUCUUCAGAGAGCAAGAAGUCGGUGUAAGUUUGGUUCGUGAAGACGGUUUCUCAUUAAAAAUGUAAAAAGAUGAAAGAAAAAUAAAGAGCUGAGUGUUUUUAAUGAUGAUAAACGACAAAUAAAAGGUUAAAAAAGAAGAAUAUAGAA